AUAAAUAAAAUUGCCUUGCCUUGCCUUGCCUAAUAGAAGAUCCCUAUGGCUUCAUUCUCCUAUCAUUAGCCAAUUAUAGCUCUUAUUUUAGGAGGUUUACCAAUUACUCCGAGUUUACCUACCCAGGUUUGUCACCAACCCACGUAUUUGGAAUAACCCCAGAACGGCCAUAUAGGCUACAUAACUUUAAAAGAGCACUACAAGCCUUUUGACCAUAACAGUUUUGUCACUUUCAAGAUUUAUUUUCUAUUUUGACAUUUGCAGACAUUGAGUAGGCUAGGCUAUACAACACAAUUGUUACAAUUACAUUUCUCAUGACUACGGUUUAAGGGGACAAACUUGAUUCCUGUCACCACAGGUUGUGUGGAGCAUCUUGAACAAAGCCAACAGCUUGAGCGAUAUGAACUGAACUGGGUAGAUAGAUAGAAUCAGAAUUCGUAUAUCUGACAUCUGUAUCAAAUGACAAACAUACACACGCCUGUCAAGUAAAACCAGUUUGUUCGACGAAUGAAAGUUCCCAGCACACGUCCCUUAUCUUCGUUCUGUUGCGCUAUGUCGUAGGAAAAAAAAAAGAGCCAUCAUUGACGAGGAUGACCACAUUCGCCUGUUUUAAUCUCAGAAACUAUAGAGAAAUGAAAGCCGGUUCAUCGCACAUGUUAGUGCCGUAGAUCAGUGUAGAACAGUUCUGAAAGAUUCGAUGUCAUUUAUACAUGCUCUUGUCCUUUCAUCGUGGAAGGAAGUACCCUACACGCACAUCAAAGUAGUCCAAACGGUCAACUGUAUCAAACACCGCUUUAGCAUAGUAGGCUACCCAUUCUACUGCGCGAAACAGCUCAGCAGCAUCAAGUCAUUUUGGCUAUUGUGCACUGCGUGUUCCCUCAGACUUGCCGUAUUGCAGUGCGCGUGCCUGUGUUGGUACAUUUGUGGCAUUCUGUUGCUUUUUUCUGAACUUUCUCAUUUGAAUGGUGGAAGAGAGUAACCAUGUCGGCGAAAGGAGGGGGAACAAGAGGCUUCUAUUUCAACACAGUUCUUUCGCUUGCCCGGUCUCUAGCUGCGCACCGACCAGCACCUAUAGACAAGGUGCAGAAGCUGCUAUGCAUGUGCCCAUCAGACACCCGGGGAGCCUUCACUCUGGACAUCCGCCGCAGGGACGCAGUCAUUGCACUGGCCGUGUUCCUGGUGGAGUCAGGCCUUCAGCACAAAGAUCUGCUUGUUGGCUACUUGUUGAGCCUGUUACGGGGCCUUCCUCGUGUGCAGUGGGUGGAGGAAGCUUCCAGCAAAAAGGGGCGGGGUGUUCUUCCUGUUGCAGAGAAUUUCAGUUUUUGUCUGGUGACACUGCUGUCUGAUGUUGCCCAGAGAGACCCAGAGUCCAGUAACCAGAUCCUGGAGGCUGUAAUGGAGGUGAUGAAGUCUCUGUUGGAGGUGUGUAAGGCACCAGAGAACCAUGACAAAGUGUAUUUCUGCAGGUUCAUGGUGCCAAGCCUGCUGGGCGUGACCCGGGCCUUUGGUCGCUACAGCAACGGAGGUGAGCCCCUCCUCUCUCAGCUCUUCCCCCGAGGGGCUCCGGAGACUCCCCGCGUCGCCGCAGAAACCGAGGGGGUGAGGCGGCGCUCGUUCAACGACUUCCGCGCCAUCAUGCCCAGCUCGCUGCUCACGGCGUGCCAGGGGGACACGCUCAGGCGCAAGAGUGGCAUGCUCACAGAUGGCAUGCAGGCCAGCCCAGAGAGGGGAUCUGCCUCCCCCUGUUCCCCCACUGCUUCAGGACCUCACUACUUUGAAGGUUCGUACCUGCCUGAUGGCAGUGCAGUGGACCCAGAGUACUACUUCAGCACGGUCAGCUCCAGCUUCUCCGUGUCGCCUCUCUUCACUGGGACCAGCGGCCGAGAGAUCAGCAUCCCCCUUCAGCUGCUCAGGCAGCUGCUCGGCUUGGUGAAGUGCUUUGUCUCCGAACCCUUCCUGAAGGCACUAGAUGCUACCUUGGCAGAGGUGACUGAGGCCAAUCCCGGUCUGGACCUGUAUUACGCCAGCUUCAGUGACCCACUGUAUGUGGGCAUGUUCAAGAUGCUCAGAGACACGCUCUACUGCAUGAGAGACCUGCACAGUUCAUUUGUGAAGGAGGUGCAUGACUUUGUGCUGGAGCAGUUCAGUAGCAGCCAGUCGGAGAUGCAGCGGGUGCUCCACGAGGCCGAACGGUUGCUGGGGGAACCCAACCCUCUAAAGCUGCGUUGCCAGGCCAACGCCGCCUGUGUGGACCUUAUGGUGUGGGCCGUCAAAGAUGAGCAAGGAGCAGAGAACUUGUGCACUAAGCUGUCGGAGAAGCUGCAGUCCAAGACGUCCAGUAAAGUGAUCAUCGCCCACAUGCCCCUGCUCAUCUGCUGUCUGCAGGGUCUGGGGCGUCUGUGUGAGCGUUUCCCAGUCAUUGCGCACUCUGCUACCAUGUCUCUGCGAGACUUCCUGGUUGUGCCAUCGCCUGUGCUGGUCAAACUCUACAAAUACCACAGUCAGUACAGCACAGUGGCCGGUGAAAUCAAGAUCAGCGUGACCAACGAGCACUCGCAGUCAACCUUCAACAUGCUCUCCAACAGGAAGGACCAGCCCUCUAUGUACGAGCAGCUUCGGGACAUCUCCAUUGACAACGUCUGCAGAUGUCUGAUAGCUGGCCUGUUGAUGGAUGAUGUCAUUGUGGAGGCCUUCCUGGCCAGCCUCUCCAACCGACUCUAUAUCUCACAGGAGAACGACAAAGAUGCCCACCUGAUUCCAGAACACACCAUCCGCUCACUGGGCCACAUUGCCGUGGCGAUGCGGGAUUCGCCGCGGGUGACGCAGACCAUCCUGCAGAUUCUGCAGCAGAAGUUCUGCCAGCCACCGUCCCAACUGGACGUGCUGAUCAUUGACCAGCUGGGCUGCAUGGUCAUCACUGGGAAUCAAUACAUCUAUCAGGAGGUGUGGAACCUGUUCCAGCAGAUCAGUGUGAAGGCCAGCUCUGUGGUCUACUCCGCCACUAAAGACUACAGAGACCAUGGAUACAGGCACUGCUCUCUGGCUGUGAUAAACGCGCUGGCGAACAUAGCUGCCAACCUGCAAGGGGAGCUGCUGGAGGAUGAGCUGAUGGUGAACCUGCUGGAGCUGUUCGUCCAGCUGGGCCUGGAGGGGAAGAGAGCCAGCGAGAGGGCCAGCGACAAGGGGCCCGCACUCAAGGCCUCCAGCAGUGCAGGGAACCUCGGUGUCCUGAUUCCUGUCAUUGCUGUGCUGACCCGACGCUUGCCUCCGAUUAAAGAAGCUAAACCCCGUCUCCAGAAACUCUUCAGGGACUUCUGGCUCUACUCUGUGGUCAUGGGCUUUGCCGUGGAAGGUUCCGGUCUUUGGCCUGAGGAGUGGUAUGAGGGUGUGUGUGAGAUUGCCACCAAGUCUCCACUGCUGACGUUCCCCAGUGGAGAGCCUCUGCGCUCUGAGCUGCAGUACAACUCCGCGCUCAAGAACGACACCGUCACUCCAGCGGAGCUAAGUGACCUGCGCAGCACCAUCAUAAACCUGUUAGACCCCGCCCCCGAGGCUGCAGCCCUCAUCAACAAGCUGGACUUCGCCAUGUGCACCUACCUGCUCUCUGUGUACCGGCUGGAGUACAUGAGGAUGUUGCACUCUAAUGACCCAGACCGCUUCCAGCUGAUGUUCCGCUACUUUGAGGACAAGGCCAUCCAGAAGGACAAGUCAGGGAUGAUGCAGUGUGUGAUAUGUGUGGGUGAUAAGGUCUUUGAGGUGUUCCUGCAGAUGAUGGCUGAAAAGCCCAAGACCAAAGAGCAUGAGGAGGAGCUGGAGCGUCAUGCUCAGUUCCUAUUGGUCAACUUUAACCACACCCACAAACGCAUCCGUAGAGUGGCGGACAAAUACCUGUCUGGAUUGGCUGAAACCUUCCCUCACCUGUUGUGGAGUGGCCGUGUGCUGAAGACCAUGCUGGACAUCCUGCAGACCCUCUCUCUGUCUCUUAGUGCAGAUAUCCACAAGGACCAACCGUAUUACGACAUCCCAGACACGCCCCAUCGCAUCACUGUACCGGACACCCACGAGGCCCGAGAGAGUAUAGUGAAGGACUUUGCUGCACGCUGUGGGGAGAUCCUGAAGGAGGCCAUGAAGUGGGCAUCUUCUGUCACCAAGUCCCACCUACAGGAGUAUAUGAAUAAGCAUCAGAACUGGGUGUCAGGUCUGUCUCAGCACACAGGGCUGGCUAUGGCCACUGAGAGCAUCCUCAACUUCGCCGGCUACAACCGUCAAAGCACCACGCUAGGGAGCACUCAGUUAACUGAGAGACCCAGCUGUGUGAAGAAGGACUACUCUAACUUCAUGGCCUCCCUUAACCUGCGCAACCGCUACACCGGAGAGGUGUCAGGCAUGCUGCAGUUUGCACAGGUGACACACUCAGAGUCAGACCUGAACAGACUGAUGGUGCAGCAGAUGACUGAAGCUCUGGAGGCCAAAAACUCAGAUGUGUUUACACAGAACAUGUUCAAGAUGACCGCUCUACUCAUCAGCACCAAAGACUGUGACCCUCAGCUCCUCCACCAUCUGUGCUGGUCCCCCCUGAAGAUGUUCACUGAGCACGGCAUGGAGACGGCCAUCGCCUGCUGGGAGUGGGUCCUGGCCGCUCGCGAUGGAAUGGAAGUGCCGCUCAUGCGUGAGAUGGUAGGUGCCUGGCAGAUGACCGUGGAACAGAGGAUGGGUUUAUUCUCGGAGGCGGAGCCUGAGGCCGACCCUCUGGCCGCCUCAGAGGAGAGCCAGCCUGUGCCCCGCCCCCCUGAGGUCACGCCCCACUGCCUCUGGAUUCAGUUUCUCGUGCAGAGGUUUGAGAUUGCGAAGUACUGCAGUGCUGAUCAAGUGGAGAUGUUCAUCAGCCUCCUGCAGAGGGCGCUGUCGCUCACUGUAGGGGGAGCCAGGAGCAGCCUCAACCGCCACGUUGCUGCUAUAGGGCCCCGCUUCAGGCUCCUGACUCUAGGCCUUACUCUGCUCCAUGCUGAUGUUGUCACCAAUGCCACCAUUCGCAACGUCCUGAGAGAGAAGAUCUACUCCACAGCCUUCGACUACUUCAGUGUGACCCCACGCUUCCCCACCCAGACUGAGAAACGUCUACGGGAGGACAUCAGCAUCAUGACCAAGUUCUAUGCCAGCCUGCUCUCUGACAAGAAGUACCUCACAGCCAAUCAGCUGGUCCCACCAGACCCUCAGGAGAUGAGUGUGAACAGCCUGUCAGUGAUGGCGGUGACCGACUCCCGCAGUAGUCUAGAUGCAGCGAUGAGCUCAAGACAACCAGCCAAUCAGGGCUGGAUCAACACCUAUCCUCUCUCCAGUGGUCUCUCCACCAUAUCAAAGAAAUCAGGUCUGUCCAAGAAGAGCAACAGGGGGACCCAGCUUCACAAAUACUACAUGAAACGCAGAACACUGCUUCUGGCCCUGCUGGCCAGUGAGAUCGAGCGGCUCACCACCUGGUAUAACCCGCUGUCCACCCAGGAGCUUGUGAUCUCUGCGGAGCCGUCGGUGGAGACCAGCAUCGCCAACUGGAGGUCCAAGUACCUGAGCUUGAGCGAGAAGCAGUGGAAGGACCACGUCAACCUGUCCUGGAGCAUCUCCCCGUACCUGGCCCUGCAGCUCCCCGCCAGGUUUAAAAACACAGAGGUGAUCGCUUUAGAGGUGACUCGACUGGUGCGCUUGGACCCUGGAGCAGUCAGUGAUGUUCCUGAGGCUGUUAAGUUCCUGGUGACGUGGCACACGAUCGAUGCUGAUUCGCCAGAGCUGAGUCACAUCCUGUGCUGGGCAGCCGCGGACCCGCCCACCGGCCUCUCCUACUUCUCCAGCAUGUACCCGCCCCACCCCCUCACUGCCCAGUACGCCGUCAGAGUGCUGCGCUCCUUUCCACCGGAUGCCAUCCUGUUCUACAUCCCUCAGAUUGUGCAGGCUCUCCGCUAUGAUAAGAUGGGCUAUGUACGAGAGUACAUACUGUGGGCAGCACAGAAGUCUCAGCUGUUGGCUCACCAGUUCAUCUGGAACAUGAAGACCAACAUCUUCUUAGAUGAAGAGGGACAUCAGAAAGACCCUGACAUUGGGGAGCUGUUGGAGCAGCUGGUUGAGGAGAUCACUGGCUCUCUCUCUGGUCCUGCCAAGGACUUCUACCAGCGCGAGUUUGACUUCUUCAACAAGAUCACCAAUGUGUCAGCCACCAUAAAGCCCGUCCCUAAAGGUGAUGAGAGAAAGAGGGCGUGUCUGAGAGCCCUGUCUGACAUCAAGGUGCAACCAGGCUGCUAUUUGCCCAGUAACCCAGAGGCCAUUGUGCUGGACAUCGACUACAAGUCUGGCACUCCUAUGCAGAGUGCUGCUAAGGCUCCAUACCUGGCUAAGUUUAAAGUGAAGCGAUGUGGAGUCAGUGAGCUGGAAAAGGAAGGCCUACUGUGCAGGUCAGACUCUUUGGACGAGGCUGGUAGUGAGGAGGAGGUCCAGAGGAUCUGCUGGCAGGCGGCCAUCUUUAAAGUCGGAGACGACUGUAGACAGGACAUGCUGGCCCUGCAGAUCAUCGGCCUCUUUAAGAACAUCUUCGGGCUGGUGGGACUUGACCUGUAUGUUUUUCCUUACCGAGUGGUUGCCACGGCACCAGGGUGUGGCGUCAUUGAGUGCAUCCCCGACUGUAAGUCACGUGACCAGCUGGGCCGACAGACGGACUUUGGCAUGUACGACUACUUCAGAAACCAGUAUGGAGACGAGUCCACCCUGGCCUUUCAGAAGGCGAGGUAUAACUUCAUUCGCAGCAUGGCGGCCUACAGUCUUCUGCUCUUCCUGCUGCAGAUUAAAGACAGACACAACGGCAACAUCAUGCUGGACAGUCAGGGACACCUCAUCCACAUAGACUUUGGCUUCAUGUUUGAGAGCUCUCCGGGUGGAAACCUGGGCUGGGAGCCCGACAUCAAGCUCACAGAUGAGAUGGUGAUGAUCAUGGGAGGCAAGAUGGAGGCUACGCCCUUCAAAUGGUUCAUGGAGAUGUGUGUGCGCGGAUACCUGGCUGUCAGGCCGUAUAUGGAUGCUGUCGUUGCCCUGGUAACGCUGAUGUUGGAUACGGGGUUGCCAUGUUUCCGUGGUCAGACAAUCAGAUUGCUCAAACAGCGCUUCAGCCCCAGCAUGAGUGAGAAAGAUGCAGCUGCCUACAUCAUCAAAGUCAUUCAGAACUGCUUCCUGAGCAGCAGGAGCAAGACGUACGACAUGAUCCAGUACUACCAAAACCAGAUCCCAUACUAGGGCACAUGCCUGUGCUCAUGCCUCUAUACCUGUGUGUGUGUGUGUGUGUGUGUGUGUGUGUGUGUGUGUGUGUGUGUGUGUGUGUGUGUGUGUGUGUGUGCAGGUGAUGGCUGCCUGCUUUGCUCUCUCAUACUCCUCUGUGUUGCCUUGCCUGUGCUCUCUGUGCUCGCCGUAGGUCAGGCUGCUGCUGGAGGUUUUCUGAGGGAAAAUCCAAAUCCCAAGCACUACUAUCAACAUGAAGUCUAAAACUCUUACAACUUAUUUGGACUUAUGUCUGCCAGCGUACUUGUUGUGUGGUGAACUGAUACUGAUCCCACACAGUAAUGUCAGUUUUAAUGAAGCCUUAAGUUUCAACCGGAUGUUUAAGAGUACUUCAUCAAACAGGCACUCCCACAAGUUACGUCAACAAAGAUGGCCCUGGAGAAAAGCUCUAACUUAAACGUGAGAUGAAAUACAACAUCCAGCCAUUUGUGUCAUGCACUCUUAAACAGCUUGCAAGCAUUGCUCUAUACACACACCAGGGGGCGCCGCACCUCUCUUGAACAGCACAAUAUGCAUGAAGACUCCCACUAGGCUUGCAGCACAAAACAACACAGCUGUAAAGAACUGACUAGUAAAUAUUAAGAAAAUGAUUUGGAGUUAACAAAAAUUUUAAACAGACCGGAAACCAUGUUUCUUUCUUACAUCACCAUGAUCAGUGAGUUUUAUGAGUUUUUAUACAACCAAGAGCACAGCUGUAAGUGACACGUGGAAUUUCUAUGGUCAUUUGUACUACUAGUGUUGGCAGUUGAAAAUGUUUUGCUUUAUGGGAUAUGUAGUUCUCUCAAGUCAAGACUUUGGAUACUUUCAAAAGAAAAGAAAAGGUUUACUGUGAAUGCCUGCAGCAGCCUGUUCUUGGUUCACACGGUUUACCUAAACCGUCUGCAUGGCCUAAAAGAGGAUUUCAGAAGUGAUUUUCUUCCAUUUUUACAUCAGCAUUCUUCCUGGUUGAUUUCUAGAUAAUGUGAGCAGAAGAUCCCUCUACAAUGGCUUCUACCAUAUUUGUACCUGUUCAUGAUUGGACUGUUGUAACCAAUAAGAAUGUUGCUUUUUGAAAUGAUGUGGGAUCGAGGUUACUGAUUGGAUAGAACAGAUGCCAGCUUUUACUUCUAUGGCUGUACUUAACAUGUAUGUCAUCCUGUGAAUGAUUGAACUCUGAGAAGGUGCGGUGAUCUCUGAGUAUCUGAGUAGGAAGAGCAUUGUGAUAGUUGGAGAUAGCCCACUGAGAUAGCACUCUCCAUGGUAACAGCUAAUGUUUACUAUUGGCAAAGAGUACAGAACACUUUAUUUGGUAGGGCGUAGAGUGUUCUAUACUCUUGGAUUCUAGAUUAAAGGUUCUUCAUAGUAACACAUAUUCCACUGCUAGAUCAAGUCUGUUGUUAAAUCUGCCAAUCACAGAACCCAGAUGUACUGUGUUUUCUCUGUCUUAGAGUGUGAGGACUGUUCAUAGUGUGUUUGUACGUGUGGCUUUGUGUGUUUGUUGUGUGUGUGUGUGUGUGUGUGACUUGUAUGUUAGGAGUUGGCUACUCUUUGCAAAACUGAUUUUAAAACCUUUGCAUCAUUGUCCUCCACCUUUUUCUAUGCUUCAAUCUUUUUCAAAUGUGUAUGCUCUUUGUGAUAUUUAAUCAAAUAAAAUUAUGAAAUGAC